AUGAGCUGGGAGUCGACCGUGACACACUACCAGGAGAUCAACCGGCACGUCCGCAUGGUCAAAGGUGGUCUGCACUCGGCGCCCUGCAUCCUCUUCUCCUUCGACUUCGCGCGCAUCGAAGCGCUGCAGCACGCCGGCAGAUGGGACGAAUCAGGGCAGCUGCUAGACGAAGCCGCGACGUCACUCCAGCGCGUCGGCGCUCAGGCAAUCUUGCUGUGCACCAAUACCAUGCACUUCGUCUCGCAGGGCAUCAAGACCGCGUCCCACCUGCCUCUGCUGCACAUCGCAGACCCGACUGCUGAGCGCAUCAUCAAGGCCGGCUUUCAGACCGUCGGACCCCUCGGCACGCGCUUCACCAUGGAGAAGGACUUUUACAAGACCCGCCUAAGCGACAAGUUUGGGUUGGACGUUGUGGUUCCGGAUGAGAAGGGUCGCGCCGUUGUACAUGGGAUCAUCUAUAGGGAACUCUGCAAUGGCAUCACCAGGGACGAGUCGCGCGAGGGGUAUUACAGAGUCAUUGCAGACAUGAAGAAGGCGGGCGCCGAGUGUUUGAUUCUGGGUUGCACCGAGAUUGGUCUGUUGGUUACCGAGGCUGAUGGGCCGUGUGGGUUGCCGGUCUUUGAUACGACCAAACUUCACGCGAUUGCGGCGGCAGAGUGGGCGAUGGGGGAUGCUCAUUGA